UAGGAAAUACACUAAGUGAAAAACAAGAUUUGACAAGUCCAUAGCUCACUACAUGAACUUGUUAUAUGAAUGAUGAAAUAUCAAUUUGGAUAUAUUGUUAAUUGGUAAAUUUAAUUGAUGCUUUAUGUAAUACGGAAAUAUCGUAGACACAUUUCAUCAUUUGAAACGGGAUAAAACAGCUACAUGCAAUUUCAUCCGAAUAUUGCGCGAACAAAACCGGAAGGUUGGUAUCGGCUAGGUUGGUAUCGGCUAGUGUUGUAGCGGUAACGCAGGGUGACGCCAAGCUACUGAAGAUGUUAAUCCCAGUGCGCUAUUGUUAUUAAUAUUAAACGCCGAUUGUUUUUGUUAAUCGGGCUUUGUUACUUCCUGGUGUCUAAAUGGCUCGAAAAUGGCUUAAUUUUGAAUAGUCUCUGAUGAAUUAAAGUGUGUUUUAACCCGCUGGUCUUACAAUUGGACCAGUUAUUCUGUGACGCUAGGUAGAUCACGUUUGUGAAUCGCGAGGUCAAAUAAAGAUAGAGGGACGCAAUGCUUUCAUUGUCCGGUAAGAUGAUACUGUGAACAGUAUGUAAAUAUAAUAAUCAAACUAUAUGGAGUAUCUAUGCAGGAAAACAAUUGAUAAAGCGUCCAAAGUGUGCAUACUUCAUCGAUUGUGCGAUAAACAUUGACUUCUGUCGGAUGUGAAAGUUUGGCUUUAAAUUGUCCAGGGUGUCAAUUCACUGUGUAUUUUAAAAACCCAAGGUUAAAAACGUGCGAUCCAUACGGCGCGAGUUCCUGUCAACCUGCACGUUUUCACAGCAUUCGUGCAAAAUAUCACAUUAACUUAACUGUCAAAAGUACGAUACCCAAUCGUAUACCUGAUAGUGAAUUUGGGACAUCACAUUGAGCGAUUCGAAGAUCCCUUGCACGGUGCAUGUAUGAAGGACAAGGAUGGUGGUGUUGCGGGGUGACUUGAUCAAGUGUGUCGUUGUCGGCGACCCCGCUGUCGGCAAAACCAGCUUGCUCAUGAACUACGCCACCAACAGGUUUCCGUCACAGCACGUGCCCGCUGUCUUCGAUAACUACGCCGGCAGCCUGGAUCUUUCCCGGCGGCGAUACAACUUGCAUCUUAUCGACACCACGGAACAGGGCGGUUCGAAGUCCCUGGAGUACAGCUAUCCCGGCACGGACGUAUUUGUCGUCUGCUUCUCCGUUGUAAAGCCUGAAACGUUCACGCACAUGCACGAACACUGGAUACCGGACAUACAGGCGCGCAUGGGCGAUACGCCAUUUAUCGUAGUCGGCACGCAGGCGGACUUGCGCGAUGACCCGGAAGUGCUAAGGACAUUACAGGUCAAGGGUCAAUCGCCUGUCCGCCAGCGGGAUGCUGCAUCUCUCUGCCGAAAAGUAGGAUCAGUGUGCUACUUUGAAACUUCAACGGAAAUGAAGAAGCGACUGCGGCGGGUCAUGAACGAUGCGUUCGUCUCUGUGUUUUGUCCCAAAGCGGAAUUUAAUAUCGGUUGUUGCCUUCAACCACCUAACUUUCCUUAGGUUAUGAGAAACUUGAAAGUACCCGAUACUUAAAUAUAUUCCAUGUUUACCUUGAACUAUUUAGAAAUAAGGAAAACCCAGUAAAUAUACUUGUUGCUGUUCUACAUACGAUGUAGUGACAGAAGUAUUAUAUUAUUUUUAGUCAUUAUUAGUGUGUGUGUGUGUGUGUGUGUGCGUGUGCGCGCGCGCGCGUGUGUUUGCUUGUGUGUAAGCGUGUGUGUGUUUCUAUGUUUCUGUGUGUGACUGUAUGCGCAUGUGUGCGUGCUGAACUGAUUGUAUCAUAGUGCCUUCCAAAACCAGUGUACUGAUCAAUGUGUAGUAUUGUAUGUUUACAACUCUGGUGAUAGUAAAUCAACAUAUGAUUGAUCAUUACUGUGCACAUUGAACUUGUUUUCAAUAAUUUAUUUUGUUUGUGUUUUUCCUUAAGUUGUUAAUGAGGUAAUAUAUAUGUAUAUUAAACAAUGUAAAACUUA